GAGUAGUAUUUCUCUGUCUGUAUUAUUGCAUUUCUUUAAACUCGGUCCUUGUGGACACUUCACAUCUUGUGGAUUUUAGUAGUUAAUUUGAUUUGUUGAAAGUGUUUGCAAGUUUCUUCGGUUUUGCAAGGAAUGACUCUACCACGGGUGCUCUACAAACAGAUUUUGAGGAAGUUAGAGCAGCUCCCCAAAGACGCCGCGACGCAUUACAGGUUCCAGACCAAGCAGACGUUUCGCAGCUACGCCGAUGAGACCGAUCCGGCGCGCAUCGCGGAGAUUACGCGAACGGCAGCGGACGACGUCAGCUGGAUUCUGCGCAAGUACGGAAAAGAGGAGACGAUUGCGAAGGCGCACGACCUGACAGGAGUCACAGGACGUCUUUCACGCUGAAGUGAUGGGUUUGCGCUCUGGUUGCGCCGGUUUUUGCGAGAUCUCUUCAGCUGAUAUUGCAGUUGUUAUUGCUUGUUUGGAUAUCGUUUAUUUGAGAGUUCAUGAACCUUUCGAGGCCCUUGGAAUCGCGCCUCAUUUUACCAGCUUACUAUUUCAGGAACAUGGACAAGGGAAGUCAGGAUGCGGCCAGCCAGCCGGCAGCCACCGAAGUGCUCAAGGACGAAAUUAGCAAAGUCUCUCUAAAGCACACUGAACCGGUGGUGAAGAAUGUUCUCCCCACCAAAGAAGAACUGCAGACGGAGCGGAAGGUGCACGAUGUGCUGCGCAGUGUGGAGCAGUUCAACAAGGACGGCCUGCAGCACGCGGCCACCGAGGAGCGGACGGUGCUGCCGUCGGCGGACGACAUCAAGGCGGAGCGCACCCAUCAGUCGCUCAUCCAGGGCAUCACUUCCUUCGACAAGAACAUGCUGGACCACACCGAGACCAAGGAGCCCAAACUGCCCUCCGCCAUUGAUAUUGAAGUGGAGCGACACGCCAACAUGCCGGCACCCAAUCUGUCGGAAGUGCCGCGCGUGGGCGCCGAUUUCAAGAAGGAGCUCGACCAGGUCAAACUGCAUCCCACCGAGACCAACGUUAAAGUCCGCCUGCCAUCGGAAAGCGACAUCAGCGCCGAGCGCAGCCACCAUAAUCUCAUCUCCGGCAUCGAGACAUUCGACAAGAAGCAGCUUCACCACCAGCCGCCGCCAUCGGGCACGUCGCUUCCCUCCGCCGAGGCCAUCAAGACAGAGCGCCAGCAUCAUGACAUUCUGGAGAGUGUGGAGAAGUUCGAUAAGAACGACAUGAAGCACGCGGUGCCGGCGGUGAAGGAUCAUUUGCCGACGGCGCAGGAUUUGGCCCAGGAGAGGGCCCAACUGCCGCAGACCCGAUUAACAAUGGAUGACGAUGUGGAAAUGCUGGACGACAGUAGCAGCGUAGCUGCCAAAACUGCUACAGCUGCUCAGCGGCCUUCUCGAAUCCCGUGGGUGGAGAAGUAUCGUCCGCGUCUGCUGCAAGACAUCGUCGGCAACGAGGAGACUGUCUCGCGCUUACAGAUCUUCGCCAAACUGGGCAACGUCCCCAAUAUCAUCAUUGCUGGACCUCCGGGAACGGGGAAGACGACGAGCAUUCUGUGCCUGGCGCACGCGAUGCUCGGAGAGGAAUUCCGUGAAGCGGUCCUGGAGCUCAACGCGUCCAAUGAGCGCGGCAUCGAUGUCGUCAGGAAUCGGAUCAAGACGUUCGCUCAGAAGAAAGUGAAUUUGCCCGAAGGCCGGCACAAAAUCAUCAUCCUGGACGAAGCGGACGCGAUGACGGAGGGCGCGCAGCAGGCGCUGAGACGGACAAUGGAGCUCUUUUCCAGCACGACGCGCUUCGCUCUUGCUUGUAACGAUUCCGAAAAGAUAAUCGAGCCCAUCCAGUCGCGGUGCGCGGUGCUGCGUUACUCCAAGCUGAGCGAGAAGCAGAUUCUUAAAAGACUCCUGGAGAUCUGUGAUGCCGAAAAAAUCAAAUAUGAUGACAACGGUUUGCAAGCGAUCAUGUUCACCGCCCAGGGCGACAUGCGGCAGGCCAUCAACAAUUUACAGUCCACUGUCGAUGGUUUUGGUUACGUGAACAGCGAGAAUGUCUUCAAAAUCUGUGACGAACCUCACCCGGAUCACAUGAGCAAAAUGCUGGAAGCCUGCGUCAAGAGCGACAUUGACGAGGCGCUGAAAAUGCUGCAGUAUUUGUGGGGCCUUGGUUACGCCGCCGAGGACAUCAUUGGGAUUAUUUUCCGGGUCUGCAAAACGCAUCCCAUGGCAGAGUACACGAAACUGGAAUUUAUUAAGGAAAUUGGUCUGACGCACAAGAAAAUUUCCGAAGGAUUGGGAACGUUUAUACAGUUGUCCGGGCUGACCGCGCGGCUCUGCCGCAUCACACUACCGGAUUCGGGAUGAAAUCUGAUAUUUUCACUGUGACUACCGUAUAGCAUUGAUUUGUGUACGGUGUACUGUACAGCCGCUUCCUUUCUGACACCAUUCGUGCUCUGUUUGACGACGUUUUGUAAAUUUUGCACUUGCACUGGAUAAUUUUUUUCUGUUUGCCACGGUUCUCAAUGAAAUAAUAUUACUAUAGCAGC